GGCUUAGCAGUUGGUAGUGCAGUUGGUGGUGCAUUUCUUAAUGUGCUCUUUGAAAAGCUUGCUAGUGGGGUUGAGCUGCUCAAGAUGUUUCAGAAGAAUAAGCAUUAUGAUGAUGGGCUUUCAGAAAAGCUGCGGAGAGCUUUGCGUGGUCUUCAGAUUGUGCUGAGUGAUGCAGAGAAUAAGCAGGCAUCAAAUGAACACGUGAGAGAGUGCUGUGGACUCUGCUGAAAACUUAAUGGAAGAAGUCAAUUAUGAGGCUUUGAAGCUUGAGGUGGAAGGCCAACAUCAAAAUCCUGCAGAAACAUGUAACCAGCAAGUAUUUCGGUUUAUUUCAGAGUGCUGUGGACGGCGCUUGCGUGAUGAUUUUUUUCGUAACAUCAAGGAGAAGUUGGAAGGCACCAUUAAAACAUUGGAGGAUUUGCAAAAGCAAAAUCGGUGACCUUGGCUUACAGAGGUAUUCUGAUUCGGGUAAGAAACUAGAAACUAGACCACCUUCAACUUCCAUGGUUGAACCUGAUGUCUUUAGUAGGCAGAAUGAAAUAGAGCAAUUGAUUGACCGUUUAACGUCUAAGGAGGCAAGUAAAAAGAAUCUGACUGUUCUCCCUAUUGUUGGAAUGGGGGGCUUGGGCAAGACAACACUUGCUCAGGCUGCUUACAACGAUAAGAAGGUGACAGAUCAUUUUAAAUUGAAAGCUUGGAUUUGUGUAUCUGAGACAUAUGAUGCUAUCAGAAUAACAAAAGGCUUACUUCAAGAAAUUGGCUCAUCUAACUCGAAGGUUGAUGACAAUCUUAAUCAGAUGCAAGUUAAAUUGAAGGAAAGAUUAAAGGGGAAGAUGUUUCUUAUUGUUCUGGAUGAUAUGUGGAAUGAAACCUACGACCAGUGGACAGACUUGAGGAAUAUUUUUGAUCAAGGAGGUAUUGGAAGUACGAUCAUUGUGACGACACGUAAAGCGAGUGUUGCCAGGAUGAUGCUAGCUGAGCAAAUUAGCAUGGACACCUUGUCAAUUGAUGACUCUUGGUCUAUAUUUUUUGUAUUUAUAAACAACUAA